ACGAUAGAUAAUUUCUAUCUAUCAACAAAAAGUUUAUUACAUAAAUAUGCGUAAUAAGUCGAUUAUAUUAAAUAAAUAAUGAAUGUUCGAAGAAAUAUGUGAAAACACUUUGAUGUUACGAGUUAUUUAUAUCGUUCAAGUUGUUGGUUUGUGUAAUUUUGGCGAAACGUGCGCUUUUCCGAAUAAUUUCUUAAAACAUUUUUGGAGUUUUCUUCAAAACAAUUAGGUGCUGAUAAGAAAAAAGGUUUUAAAUUUAAACUAUAAUUAAAUUAUAAUUGUGUAUAGAAUGUGUGUGUGUGGGUAAUAACAUUGAAAUUAAACCGGCAUAGAUGGCUGUUCAAGAAAGAAUAAAAAUCAUAAUAAAAUCACAAGAACUAGGAUGAAUUAAAUUAAUAAAGCGAUUUAGAGAAAUCGAAAGAUUUCCCCUAAAAAUGGUUGAUACCAUAAACACAACAAAAGUACAUGAAACAGAUAACGGAAAGUUGAAUUUGUACUAUAUGAUCUGCGAGGUUCUCGUCGCUGUUUUUGCGGUUGUCGGUAACGCUAUGGUCAUAUUGGUUUUUAGAAGGGAGCGAAAAUUAAGAAGGAGGACUAAUUAUUACAUCGUUUCAUUGGCAGCAGCCGAUUUUUUAGUCGGCCUUUUAGGAAUCCCAUUUGCCAUCUUGGCUUCUGUUGGAUUACCAGCGAAUCUUUACGCUUGCUUAUUCACCGUUUCCUUACUCGUCGUGCUUUGUACAAUUUCGAUAUUUUGUCUCGUCGCUGUAUCCGUCGAUAGAUAUUGGGCUAUUUUACAUCCAAUGGGUUAUUCAAGGAACGUAAGAACAAAAACUGCAUUAGUGAUAAUUGGUAUUUGUUGGUUUGCUGGAUCAGUGAUUGGUUUUUUGCCAUUAAUGGGUUGGUACAAUAACGAUGCCCAAUACAACCAAAAAUGCUACUUUCUUCGUGUCGUCGAUAUGAAUUACUUGGUUUUUCUGUAUUUUGGGACCAUAAUAACACCAGCUUUAUUAUUGGCUGCGUUUUAUGCUCACAUUUAUAGGGUAGUAUUGAAACAGCUUCGCCAAAUUGUUACAAUAAGUCCAACGCACGGCACAACAACAAACGGAAGAACUAGCGGUGGGACAAUGCUCAGAAUGUUGGGGGCCGCUCAAAAACGAGAAGUAAAAGCAACUCAAAAUCUUUCCAUCAUAGUAUUAUUCUUCAUGAUUUGUUGGAUCCCGCUUUACACGGUGAAUUGUGUCAUCGCGUUUUGUAGUGAUUGUGAAAUAAACGAAACUUUUAUGUUGUUGUGUAUUAUCUUGUCGCACGCGAACUCAGCAGGAAAUCCAAUUUUAUACGCAUAUCAUUUAAAAGAUUUUCGGGAAGCUUUAAAGAAUUUAUUCUUUAGUAUUUUGGGAAGAAGCGCCUCUUCUAAUCCAACUAUACGAGCAUCGUAUACUUACAACAACAAUUUCAACCAUUGCAGAAUGUAUUCAUUUCAAGAUUCCAGAGUAAAUAGAUUCCAAAAUAAAAGAUACAUAGAAUCACCGAUACAUUUUAAUCGAACCACAAAAUCAAUGAGUUUACCAACACCGCCAAAAUUAUUAUCCAUAGUUUCAAAUUCCGUUACUUUAGCCGCCGCAACCGUUGAUAAAAACAGAGAUAUUUGGAAAAUCUCAGAAGAUCCAUCAAACAUAUCCAACGAGAGUUCCGGAAUUCAAACCCACCCUUCUAGUCCUUUUAAAUUAAAGCAACAUUCCACGAGUACGAAUAGUUCUAAUUCUAAAAAUAGGUCUUAUUUAAACGAUAUCAACUACGAUGAAGAUGACGAUGUUUUCCUCGACGAUACAAUACCCAUAACAGAAAUUAAAAAAGAACCAAUAAAAGAUGAAUUAUCAAAAAUUAAAGAACAACCCAUCAUUGCAAGUCUCCGACAAACUUUAUCGUCAUCAUCACCACAACUAUCAACCCGAAAUGUUUAUCUAGUCGAAACCGAACUGAAACGUUACGAAAAAAAUGCUAAAAUUACCAUUACCAAAGAAAAUAACGGUGAUAUAAACUGUAGGAAAAGAUUAAAAUUAUCAAGCGAAAAUACGAGUCCUUCGAAAAGUUUAAAAAGUACGAGUCCCUUUAAGGCCGUCAGUGAACUAUGGAACUCGAAAUUCCAAAGAAGUGCAAGUUUAAGUGAUGAAAGUACUUUGUCGCCGGAUUUUAAAAAACGAAAGAAAAAAGAAAUUGUACGCGGCAACAAUUCGUUGGGACGUUGAUGUUUUAUUUUUGAGAUUAUUAUCUUAAAUUAUAAAUUAAAUGAUGUUUGAUGUUAACUCAGAGAGUUUCUUCUAAAUGUUAAAAAGAAUGGUGUAAAUCAAUAAAGCAUCGAUACUGUC